AUGCUCAUUUCUUCAAUCUCCCUCGCGGCUCUCGGCCUUCUAGGCUCUGCCUCUGCAUUAGCCACCCGUGAUGCUCCUGAUGUGAAUGAAGAGUUUGAAUUGUAUGCCUACGGCGACUCUAUCGGCGGGCUUUCACUUUUUUACGCCGAAGUUACCCGCGCUUCGGCAUCCUCCUCCAGUUCCUGGAUUGCUAACCCGAACGUGACGACUACCAACGCCAAUUAUAGCUGGUCGGAUGAGAUGCUCUAUGUCCCUAGCUCUUCUUCUUCUUCCCACGAAAUGGGCUUUACCUCCAAGAAAAUGACCAACGAGACUACUACUGGAUUCAUUUUCUACGGGCAGUGGGUGAUGGUGGAAAAUGACUCCGGUGACAUCUCUUCUAGCUUUUACAUCCGAUCGUCUUCAGGGGGUGAAGGGGUUUAUUCUCUGGUCUGGAAUAUCACUGAUGAUGAUACGGCUAUUCCAGUCUCUCUGCGCUCUGCUAAACCGUCUAAUGCCUGA